AAACCGUGAAUUUAAAAGAUCCCAUCUUUCAAGAAAAUGAUUUUAUACCAUGUGAAGCUUCAACUAAUGCCUCAAGUGAUACAAGCGAUAAUACUGUUAAAAGCAGCAUUGAUAUGGAUUUUGAUCUGGAAAGUCUUGUUGAUACCAUCCUAAAUGAAUUAGACGAUUAA